CAGCAGAUCGAUCGAUCCAUUCCAUUGAGAAGCCAUAAUUAAGUAGCCGCCUACCUAGAGCUAUCAGUAAGCCGGCCGCAGCAACAUAUUCGAUUCGAUCCGAUCUUUGGGCCGGAGCAAUUAGCAGCAGGCAGGCAUAUGGAUAUGGAGGAGGAGCAGCUGCUGCAACAAGGAUCAGCCGCUGUGCCGCCGCCGCUCGAGAGCAGCAAUUAUUGGCCGAGCAGCAGCAGCAGCGAGGAGGCGGCGGCGGCAGAGGACGACGGACCUCGGCGCCGGCGGGAGUCCAUGGUCAACAGGCUCAUCUCCACGGUCUACUCCGGACCCACCAUCAGCGACAUAGAGAGCGCGCUCUCCUUCACCGGCGGCGAUCACCUUGUUGCUGCUCCUCCUCCUCCGGCGGUCAUGGACUCCACCACCAGCAGCCCAGUGGUUUUCUCCCCGGAGAAGGUGCUGAGCAAGAUGGAGAACAAGUACACGCUCAAGAUCAAGACCUGCGGGAACGGCCUUGCGGCAGAGGAUGGAUACAAGUGGAGGAAAUACGGCCAGAAAUCCAUCAAGAACAGCCCCAACCCAAGGAGCUACUACCGUUGCACGAACCCUCGGUGCAACGCGAAGAAGCAGGUGGAGCGCUCGACGGAAGAGGCGGACACGCUGCUCGUCACCUACGAAGGCCUCCACCUGCACUACACCUUCAACUACUCACCCCAACAACACCACCUGCUGCUGCCUCCGCCUCCACCAAGCUGCAGCAGCAAGAAGCCCAAGCUGCACCCGCGCGGCGGCCCACUUGCAGAUGCUGAUGCAGGAGCAGCAAUCCUCCAGAACAGCAGCAGCAGCCCGGCCCAAGAAGAGUCUAUGAUGAGCAGCAGCACCACGAGCAGGUCGUACUAUGCUCCAGCUUUGGGUGCCUCAUCACCACCAUCAUCAGAAGCAGCAGCAGCAGCUGCUUGUUAUUUCGACAAUGCUACUACUAGUAAUAAUGAAGACGGGCUGCUUGGGGAGGUGCAGUUCCUUCGGCAGCAGCAGCAGCAGCAAGACUACUGCUGCUUUGUUGACUUUGAGGAGCAGCAUCGUCGUCAGCGGAUGGCUAACAGCAACAGUAGUAACGGCGGCGGCCUGCUGGAAGACGUUGUUCCGCUGCUUGUCCGGCGCCCAUGUAUCAGCAGCAGCUCCAGCUCGCCGGGGAUCACCACCACCGCCGGCAGCCCGUCGCCGUCCCUGUCCACGUCGUCCUCCGUCUCAUGGAACCCCUACAUCGACAUGGCCAUGCUCUCCAACAUCUUCUGAUUGCAAUUGUGCAUGAUGCAUCAUCUUCUCAUUACUAUAUAUAACAACUAGUUCGAUAUAUAGAUAGAAUAUUAUAUAGACAAGUAUUAGUAGUAUUAAGCGUAUGCAUUAUUCGAGUAUACUAUUGUACGUUCCUGUAUGUACGUGCUGCAUCACUAGGGAAUAAUCCAAAGGAAAAAAUUUAAAUGUU